AUGCCAAACUCCCAAACUCAACCUACUCAAGCUGAACUCAAACGGGCUUACACGAUAGUUACCCAAGAUUUAAGGCAAGCUUUGCUGAAAGCUCCAGUCGGUAAAACUGUCCGCUUCGGUAAACUAGGUUCUUUUAAAAAAACUGAAAACCAAAUUACUAGUCGCUUACAAAAUAAGAAAGUUAAUCAGCCGCCGACAGGCUUCCAACCAACCAAUAGUAGUCAGUUUCAAAACCAUAGCCAACCAGCUACUUUUAAUUCGCAAGAGCCAAAUACUCAAGCUACCCAGCCCAAAGGUCUCUUUCAAAUCCCUCCCGCUUUCCUCCAAUGGCUUCCUUUACUCCCCUUGCUCUUAGAACAAGCCACUGGACAAAAGAUACCGCCAAUGGGAGGAACGAUGGGAGAAAUCCAAAGUGUUUUACAGCAAGUACAGUUUAACCUUUCCCAAUUACUGAACAAGCAACAGCAAAUCUUUUCUCGCCUCGAAAGCUUAGAAAAUAAUGCCUCCAAUCAAUUGAAUAACCUUAGCCAACAAGUCGCUAGCACCAAUAAGUCUUUUCACUUAUUAGCCACCGAAACCAAGCGUAGUCUGGAAUUUAAUCCGCUUCCCCAACCCAAACUAGAGUGCCCUUCUGAAGAACUUAAUUACUAA